CCCAUGUCGUCGUCCAUGUUCGCGCCCGCGAUCGAACGACUGGCGAACGACUUCGGCACCGACAAACAAACCGUUCUCUUCGGCCAAAUGGGCUUCGUAUGCAUGCUCGGAAUCGGUCCUCUCUUCCAUGCACCGAUGGGCGAGACGUUCGGACGACGCCCGAUCUACCUGACGAAUCUUGCGAUCUUCACACUUCUCCAGCUCGCUUCCGCCUUAUCGCCCAACAUUGCCAGUUUCAUCGCUUUCCGCACGCUUUCUGGAUUCUUUGGAAGUGUCGGUGUCGCAAAUGGCGGAGGCACAAUCUCGGACAUGUUCGACUCGAAGGGACGAGCACAAGUCCUCGGGUUCUACUUCAUGGGUCCUCUUCUCGGCCCUUGCAUCGGCCCUCUCCUCGGCGGCCUGCUGGUAGGAAGCCUGCACUGGCGCUGGGUCUUCUGGCUCUCGAUGCUCUUCGCCGGUCUGACCACGAUAAUCUGCUUCUUCUUCCUUCACGAGACCCGCGCCCAAUCAAUUCUCGAACAGCGUAAAUCUCAGCUCUCAAAGAAACAUCCCAACACAUCCUACACCGUCGAAGGCACCAGCGACAAAUCCACCUUCUCGAAAAUGGCCUCCAACUCUACCCGCGCUAUCAAGAUCCUCACAACCCAACCCAUCGUCCUCACAAUGUCCAUCUACCAAGCCCUCGUCUUCAGCAGUAUGUACACCCUCUACUCGCAAUACACCACAAUCUGGUCCUCCGCGCCGUACGAGUUCACGAAAUCUCAAAUCGGGCUGGCAUAUCUCGGUCCUGCACUCGGCUUCAUCUUCACCUCCAUUUUCAUCAUUCUCUUCAUCGAUCGCCUUGACAAUUGGCUCGCGAAACGCCACAACGAUGAUGCACAGCCCGAGUAUCGCCUUCCGAUGGCUAACGUCGGCGCCAUCUUCCUCCCGGUAUCGCUGUUCUGGUUCGGCUGGACUGUGGACAAAGGUCUCCCGUGGCCGGUACCGCUCGCUGCUACUCUCUUCUUUGGAGGCGCUCAAGUCAGUAUUUUCAACACUGUUCAGACGUACUACAUCGAUGCGUAUGAGAGCAAUGCGGCGUCCGCCUUGGCUGCCGGAGCAUUUCUGAGAAGUAUUCUGGGAGGCGUGGUGCCAUUGUUUGUGAGCGCCAUGUUUGAGAAG